AUGAGGAGGCGCUAUAGCGUGCGGUUAAAGGGGUGCAAGGAUGGGGGUUCAAGUCUGUAUGACCCUGGGCAAAUGGCCACACCCUGCUGUGCCUUGGACCUGCAGCAGCAGAGGCGCCUCCUGCAGAGGGCCUGUGAGGAUUACACGAGAUCAGGUUUGGCACAGCGCCUGGCACAUAGCGGGCGCUCCCAGAAGCGCACGGGCCGCGCCCCUCCCCCACCUACCCGGGGUGGGGCCCGCACCUGGGCCUCCGGCUCGUUAGCGCACCCAGGCUGCUCGCUCCGGCCCGGCCCUGAGGGACCCGCCCGCCAGGGGGCAGAUGGCCUGUCGGAGCCCGAGGGCAUCUCUCUGAAGCGGGUUGCUGUGGUGGAAGAUUUCUUUGACAUCAUCUACUCGAUGCAUGUGGAGAGCUCCGCGGAGCCAGGCAAAGCCCCCAAGCACGCCGGGCAGAAGAAAACCUACCGGGCGAUCGCAGAAACCUACGCCUUCCUCCCGAGAGAGGCUGUGACCCGCUUCCUGAUGAGCUGCACCGAGUGUCAGAAGAGGAUGCACUUUAACUCUAAUGGCCUGGAACCCAAAGAAAAUGAGCCUCCAUCUCCUCUGGUCUCCGGGAUCAUUGAUUACAACAUGCCCCUCACCUCCACGUACUUGAAGCAGAUGAAGCUGCGAGUGAUGAAUUCCCAAGAGCAGGAUGAGACCUCUGUAAGCAGUGAAGACUUUGAUAUGAAUGACUCCACAUGGAUGUCCGCUGACCCACACCUGGCCUCCAGCCUGAGCCCCAGCCAGGACGAGAGGAUGCGGAGCCCGCAGAACCUCCACAGCCAAGAGGAUGAUGAUUCCUCCUCCGAGAGUGGCAGCGGCAAUGGCUCCUCCACCCUAAACCCAUCCACAUCAAGCAGCACACAGGGCGACCCUGCCUUCCCCGAGAUGAACGGCAACGGUGCUGCGGCCCCCAUGGACUUCACUUCCGCUGCUGAGGAUCAGCCCAUCAACCUGUGUGACAAGCUCCCACCGGGCACAGCGCUGGGCACACCCUCUUACUCCUCCGAUGGCUGUGGCACCGAUGGGCUUCGGAGCCGUGUCAAGUAUGGGGUGAAGACUACUCCUGAGUCACCCCCCUACAGCUCUGGAAGCUACGAUUCCAUCAAGACCGAAGUCAGUGGCUGCCCUGAGGAUUUGACAGUAGGCCGGGCCCCCACGGCAGAUGACGAUGAUGAUGACCAUGAUGACCACGAGGACAAUGACAAGAUGAAUGAUUCUGAGGGCAUGGACCCGGAGCGUCUCAAGGCCUUCAAUAUGUUUGUGCGUCUCUUUGUGGAUGAGAACCUGGACCGCAUGGUGCCCAUCUCCAAGCAGCCCAAGGAGAAGAUCCAGGCCAUCAUCGAGUCCUGCAGCCGGCAGUUCCCUGAGUUCCAGGAGCGGGCCCGCAAGCGCAUCCGCACAUACCUCAAGUCCUGCCGGCGCAUGAAGAAGAAUGGCAUGGAGAUGACCAGACCCACACCUCCCCACCUAACCUCGGCCAUGGCAGAAAACAUCCUGGCAGCUGCCUGUGAGAGCGAGACGAGAAAAGCAGCCAAAAGGAUGCGCCUGGAGAUCUACCAGUCCUCGCAGGAUGAGCCCAUAGCCUUGGACAAGCAACACUCCCGGGACUCUACAGCCAUCACCCACUCCACCUACUCACUGCCAGCCUCCUCCUACUCCCAGGACCCUGUGUAUGUCAACGGCGGCCUCAACUACAGCUACCGUGGCUAUGGGGCUUUGAGCAGCAACCUGCAGGCCCCUGCUUCCCUCCAGACAGGAACUCACAGUAAUGGGCCCACAGACCUCAGCAUGAAAGGUGGGGCCUCUACCACCUCCACCACGCCCACACCCACCUCCUCCAGCAACAGCACCAGCAGGACCAUGCCCGCUGCCCAGCUCAGCCCCACCGAGAUCAGUGCUGUGCGGCAGCUCAUUGCCGGCUACCGGGAGUCUGCAGCCUUCCUGCUGCGCUCUGCAGAUGAACUGGAAAACCUCAUUUUACAGCAGAACUGACCCCCAGCAUCGAGCGCACUACCUUUAGGGAAAGAGGGUAUCCCAGCCUGGACCUGGCUUCCUGCCUCACCAGUUGGUACAUUUUGUUUUCUGAAAGAGGCGGGAUCCAAAAGAGCUGUUUCUAGCCACACUCCAAGCACCUGAGACUUUGGGCACAAGGACACUUUUUUUUGGAAUCUCACCACACGGGUGCUCUGACCUGCUUGGAAGAGGCCAACAGGGCAGCUCUGGAAAGGUUGGGGCUCCCCUAACAAGGCGCUGGAGCUGCAGCUGUGUUUAGAAUCACCUUCCUGGACCCUGAUGUUAGAAUUCCACCCCCAGAUAAUUACCUUUCAAGUCUUAGGUGAGCAGAAUUGCAUAUUUAUUGAGAAAAACAAAGUGGACCCUUUCUUCCUCUCCCCUUAGUAAUUUAUUUUUCUGAAAAUGGAUUCUUUUGUGUUUGUACAGAUUGCCAGUCUGUGUCUGUCUGAUCAGAAGGAUGUAUCCCUGUACCUAACAUUCCAUAUCACUACACUGAUGCGGGCUGGGGACCAGCAGGGGCGGGGCAGGUGCCAGGCUGGCUGUCCCUCUGAGUGCCCAGCGCACCCUGGGGAAAGCCACCACCCCUUGGCCAGACUAUCCUGUUGCAGAUCUCAGUGCUGCCAUAGGGACGCUGCCACAGGGACACUGCCAGGCACCAUCAAGCAGGAAGAUCUCAUCCACACUACUGCAAAGUAAAACAAAGGCAUCCCACCCUUCUACAGAGCCCCAGUCACACGGUCACCUGUAUUCUACCUCACACUUGAGCGUGGGCUUUUUCUAGGAUGUGCCCUGACCCUGUUCUGAACAGUUGUCUCCCCAAGUCCCCCAAACAAUGUGUCUGCCUGGGAGGUAAGUCAGACUGGGUGUCCAGAAGCCAGAGCCUGAGACAGAGUUCUGUCUCUCACAACUAGCAGCUUGCUCUGGCCCUCUCAGCACCUUCCUGCUUGAUAAGAUGGAGUGCUGGGAGAUGGCAGCUGGUCAGCAGGGCCCUGGCCCUCACCUUGCCUUGCUGCCAGGGAGCCAGGUCCGAACACUUAUCUGCACAGGCUGGGGCCUCAGACUCCUGCUAAGAGCCUUCUUCAGGGUAAGCCCUGGCUGUCAGGCAGCUAUGAGUCUCAGGUGGACUGCAGCUCCCACCCCUUGCCUCGUGGUUGGAAUAAAGGGGUCAUCAAUGAAGUGGAGAGGCCACUUGGGUCCCCCAAGUCUGGCCUUUCUUCUAGAAAGUUCAGUCCUGGGAGAAACCUAGAGUUUUGAGUGUGAAAAAGGGCAAAAAGAAAAAGUUGGCCUGGUUUCCUUCCUCCCUGAUAGGCACUUCCUCUUGCUCAGUGCAAUACCUACUAGUGCUGCUAAAACCAGGGAUUCACCCAGACCUCAGUAGGCCCAUGGGGCCUCUCCAUGCAACACUCUGUAGCCAUGACAGCAGCUCUCUGCUGCCUACCCCUGCCGAGAACCGGCAGAAGCCCCGUUGCCUUUCUUCCCUCAGCAAAGAGGCCCCAGGGGAGCCAGGGCCAAGUGGACCCUAGGACAGCUGCAGAGAACCACUUGAUCCCAGAACAAGCACCCCUUCCCAGGACAGCUUUUCUGCAGCCAAUUGCUCAUUGCAGCCAUGGCCCUGCCUCCUGGCACUGUGGCAAACCACCCCUCAGGAGGGCUGGGCAGGCAGUGCUGGUGCAGGUCCCUCAUCCUGCUCAGAUGCUCCAGGAACUGCAAGGCAGGGUACCCCCACACACUUCCACCCCAAAGUUGGGGGUGCUCCCUUAUGUGGCCUGGAACACCCACCCAGCCACACCACCUCUGCCUUCCCUAUGACUGAUCCCUAGGUCUCCAGUCAGGGCAAGGACAUGCAAGACCCCCUCAGCACAGCACAAACUCUAGUGCCCAAGGCCUCUCCCCACCAGCCCUGCACGUGCCCAGCCCCUACCUGCUCAGUACGACUCUGAACAUUUGAAUUUGUGUAAAUAUUUAUUUUUGUGUGUGAACAAUACUACAAAGUAAUCAGUAGAUCCUUUGCAAAACGUUACCCUAGGCAAUUUGUGGAAAUCUUAAUGUUAAAAACUGGCAGAGACAAUCGCCGCCCUACAAAUCCUGGUAUCAAUUGCUUAACCUGUCAUUUCUCCUCCCAGAGGCAGUAUCCAUGCAAGACACAAAUGGUUUGCAUUUCUUGGCAGAUGAAGUGUAAGACCGAGAAGGGGCUUUUUCCUCUGCCCCCGUAGUAACUGACCUAAAAGAUCAGCAGAAGCAGAAGCUGGAAGCCCCAUGUUCUUGAGCACAAGCUGUCUUAACCACCGUCAGCCUGCCUUCAAGGCUGCAGUGAGCAUAGGUUCCAUGCGUUUUUAAAGAAAAAGAAAAUAAAUGCCAGUAGUGGUAGUCCAGGGGCCUCCAGGACAGUGGAUUCCAUCAUGGUAACCCCACUUCUGAGGUGGGCUCCUACAGAAAAGCUAUACCUGAAACCUCAGAGAUGGCUGGCUGAUUCAGGGGCAAAUUACUGAAUGGAAAUAGGAUCCCAUUAGCUAGUUUUGUCAGGGAACUUUUUCUGUUUUUUGUUUUAAAAGAUGCAGCUUCAAGCCUUCCCACCCACUCCUGACUAGGAAAGCACCACAGUUGGUUCUGAUGGACCUUAGCUCACUGCUGUCCACCCUCAGUGAGAAGCUGUCCUCUACCAACCGACACUCCCAAAGCCUCAUCCCCACAGCCAGUUAUAUCUUAUGCAGGUCUCAGGUACAAAGUCAUCCCUGGGAACCCUAAGUUCAAAAGGAAAUGCAAAAGUAGGGUGUACCAGUCCUAGAAUCUUUGCAGGGGACAAGAAGGGUAAAACUGGAGAAGUGGGCACCUUUGUCUUACUGGCAUGUCAUUUAACAGACUAGUGAUAGUGUGACCCAUCUGACAAGUUUUUCUGUCACCAUUCAAAGAUGGACAGGUUAUUCCCAAGGAUGGUGUUGGGGAGAGGAUGAGCAGGGCUGGAAGGGUCUCAGAGAAUUUCCAACAGGUAGAACCCAUCCAUCCCUCCCUAUUCUCAAGGGCCACAUAUGACUGACUCCAGGGGUGGUUACAGGAUUAACUACCAGUUCAUUUUCAAAAUGCUGCUUUGAACUCAGAGGGUUGAUACUUUUAAUUUGUAAUUUUUUGUAAAACUUUUUACACAAUAGUAAAGUAUUUCACCAGAAUACCAGUUUCAAUCCGUCCGUGGUCUGAUUUUUAUAUAAUUUAGUGGUGCUUUAGAAACUUUGUUUUUGUUGUUUCUGAGCUCAACAGCUCAAUCCUUUUUCUCCUGUAUCUACCUAAGACCAAUGUGAACCUUUGUAUUUUUUGCUCCUAAUUUUGGACUCAGUGAAAGUGUACUGUUUACAUGUACAGAUGCCCCCAGUCCCUGUGUGUUCUGCAAGACUCACCCCUUGAGGAGGAGGAUGCACCUCACUACACUCAUCUGCUUAGCAAAGCCACACACACAAAAAAACUUUUUACCUGUUUCCACCUAAAAAUAAGAACACAAACCUACACCACAUAGAACUCAGAUUUGCUGGAAAACAUUUUUUGCCUAGUAGAUGGCUCAUCCAUCUGCCUUCAUCAUGUGUCCUGUAGAAGCAGGGGUCAGAAGAGACCUCCUGUUAGCCACAUGGACAGAUGAAAAGCGAAGGCAGGACUUCACUACCAAGCUCUGGGAUGAAAUUUUUCUCUGAGCAGGUUGGCAAUGGGAAGGUCAAGAUGAUGCCUGUGGCCUUCAGGAUUAAGCCAACCAGGAUUCAGGAACAACCCAUGAGGUCGCCAAUUCUCUGGCAUAACAGGCAUGUUCUGGAAGGAGACAACAAGCUCAUGUCUGAGAAGAGAUUUUAACUUUCAGUGCAGAUAAUGUAAGCAUUUCUGCAGGGUUCUGCUGGAGGCAACUCAUUCGUGAGCCACCACCUCUGGGAAGUGAUGGGGGAUCCAGACAGUAAGCAUAUGGCACUUAUGGCAAGCAGUGGAUGGCACCAACUUAAGGUGACUCUAUUAAUCAAUGUCUUCACCUCUAAAUUAUAUUUUUACAGAUAUGCACCUAUGCAACUUAAAAACGUGGCUCUUCUAAGCAGGUGUGGACUUCCUCCUCAAUGCUCUCUAUAAAAAGUAUUUGUGUUCUGUACAGUGAGUUUUUCCAGUAAAUGUGGCUUAAUAUUUUAAUUCUUAGAUUGUGUCUUCUAUGUGAUGCAACUAAAUUCUGUUUUGUUUGUGGAAUGACUAGCACAGGCCGACUCCCUCUCCCUCACUUACCAGAAGACCAAUGAGCUGUUAAUCGAGCUGUUAUCUCCAUGGUAUUACUGCUAAAUGCACUGAUUUCAUAUGUAUGUGGAACCUUUUCCUUUUGAAUCUGUAUAUCAUAUAUGACUGAAUCUACUUAAUAAACACUGAACAAACUGAA